AUGUCGUGGAAUAGUACUAUAACUUUAAAUGAUACAUCAAGUGAUCUUUCUUACAUUCUUGAUUUCGUAAAACAUCAAUUAAUUGUUUAUCUACCACUUAUAUUCAUUAUUCUCGGUGUGAUGGGUUUCAUUGGUAAUGCAUUUACAUUUUUUCAACCAUCACUUCGAUUUAAUACUUGUUGUAUUUAUUUACUUUGUGGUUCGUUCGUUGAUGUUAUGAAUCUUUUUCUUAAUCUUUUGAAUAACUAUCUAAAUGUUACGACUAGUUAUAUACUUUCUUUAGUAACUGUUCGU